UCCAUUUAAUUUUCUGCGACAGCUUCAAUCCUCGAACAAAUAUGCAAUAUUCAAUUCUUUUCUACAUUGGAUCUUUGCUUAUUUCCAUCAUUACCGCGUGUUGGAUAUAUAAAUGGUUCUACCCCAAAUGCGAUGGGAUCCUCCCCCCAGGUUCGAUGGGGCUACCACUUCUUGGAGAGACUCUUCAAUUCUUAAGUUCUAGCACCUCUUUCGAUAUCCAUCCAUUCGUAAAAAAGAGGAUGCAAAGGUAUGGUUCUGUAUUCAAGACAAAUUUGGUGGGUAGCCGGAUCAUAGUAUCCGCCGAUGGCGAUCUUAAUAACUACAUCUUUAAACAAGAGGGAGACUUGUUCCGAAGCUGGUAUCCGGCUUCCUUCACCGAAGUCUUUGGGAGACAAAAUAUAGGCACUUUACAUGGUUUCAUGUACAAGUACCUUAAGAACAUGGUAAUGAAUUUGCUUGGUCCGGAAGGCCUUAGAAAGAUGCUCCCCGAUGUAGAAAAUGUGUCGAGAAAUAACUUGGAAAGGUGGGCGCGCAAUGGUACCAUUGAAGCGAGGGAAUCAAUUGCAAAGAUGAUAUUCGAACUCACGGCGAAGAAGCUAAUCAGUUGCGAUUCAGAAGAACGUCGCGAAGAUUUAAGGGAAAACUUUUCAGCAUUUAUAAAGGGGCUCAUAUCAUUUCCAGCAAAUAUUCCCGGGACAGCUUACAACAAAUGCAUGAAGGGAAGAAAAAAUGUGGUGGCGAUGUUGAAAGACAUGCUACGAGAAAGAAGACAAAAUCCGAGAAAUGAAAAAGUUGAUUUUUUCGAUUAUGUAUUGGAAGAACUCCAACAAGAAGGCUCGAUCCUUACGGAGGAAAUUGCGCUAGACCUCAUGGUUACAUUGCUCUUUGCCAGCUUCGAGACAACCUCCCUCGCACUUACGAUAGCAAUUAAAUUUCUUGUAGACCAUCCACCGGUCUUGAAAGAGUUAAUUGAAGAACACAAGGCAAUCAUUCGAAGAAGGGAUACUUCAGAUUCUUACAUAACUUGGGAUGAGUACAAGUCCAUGAAAUUCACAUUUCAGGUUAUCAAUGAAACAGUCAGACUGGCAAAUAUAGCUCCAGGAAUUUUCAGAAAAGCAACAAAAGAUAUCAAAUUCAAUGAAUACACAAUUCCAAGUGGUUGGGGCGUUAUGGUGUGUCUUCCUGCUGUGCACUUAAAUCACGACAUAUACGAAAAUCCCCUAAAGUUCAAUCCAUGGAGAUGGGAGGGAAUAGAUACGAAUGUAGGUUCGAGAAACUUCAUGGCCUUUGGUGGCGGCAUGAGAUUGUGCGUAGGCGCAGAGUUUGCGAAAAUGCAAAUGGCUGUCUUCCUUCACUGCUUGGUGACCAAAUACAAGUGGAAAUCAAUCGAGGGAGGAGACAUUGUCCGAAAUCCAGGUCUACAAUAUCCUCAUGGAUAUUACAUUAAGAUAGAUAGAAAAUCAGAAACAAUGUCGUAUACUCGACAAAGAUGAAGUGUCAUCGAGUUAAUACGG